GCUUUGACCCACGCGUAUGCGUCACUUCUCGUGAACUUCAGUCUUUCCGUUUUCCUUAAGACGCGGACAUCGUCAGACAAGCGGCAGAGAAGUUCUCUUGGAAUGGCGGGAAACUGGUCGAAUGAGGCGUACCGGUUUAUUUGCGAGCGAGUGGGUGAUGAAGAGUGUGAACGCAUGAGGCAGAGGGAAUAUUUGCCUCUGCCGUAUCCUCGUCUCUAUAGUCGUCUCGGCCUCUACCUUGGCACCAAACUGCUCAACGCAGCUGCCAGUUUGAAAUCCUUCAAAUUGCGUCAGAGACCAACGCACAAAGAAGGAGUAGGCGGACUUGGAAUUGCAAAGAUCAGCGACAACUCUGGAAUUCCCAGCAACACUUUUUUCACGGCGGGGCGAGUGUUUCAAGUUCGAAUGCGACAUGCAAACUUGUCGUAUGAUGAUGAUCGAACGUUGGACGUACGUUCGUCGUCGAUAAAGUUUGCUGACAAUGACGUGGACAGUCCACUGGAUCUGAUCAUGAACACAGGGGAUCGAUGCCCGUUUUGGAAUGGGCCGACGGUCGGUGAUUAUCGCACAUCGCGAUUAGGACCACAGGAAAUGGAGGAAUGGUGUUUCAAAAACUCUGCGUACUAUUACAACACUAUACAGGGUUUACGUCGAGCUCCCUCAUCAUACUCGAAUCUACAAUAUUAUGCACAGAUGACGUUUGAAUUAAUUGAUGUUCAUAAAGACACACAUUAUGUUAGAUUCCGGCUUGUUCCAUAUGACUAUUCGCAGAUUGAGAGUGGCUUGCCUGAUGCAGCAGAUCAGAAGGAACCUUGGAACCACGGACCACGACCAGGAGACGACAGGCAACCAAAUUACCUGAAAAGUCAAUACAAAGAAGCUCUAUUUGAUCAAUCAAUCAACUACCGUCUUCAAAUUCAAGUCUAUCACAAUUCGCUUCUCGACGACCUCGAAGUCUUCAACAUGGGAAAGGUGUGGGAUGAGACCAUCAGCCCAUGGACCGAUAUUGCCGAAAUCACAAUCUUCCGUUUUUGUGAGCCAAGAAUAACGGAGAGAACGUGCUUCAACGUUUCUCACCUACCCGACUGUUUGGUUCUUCCCGUUGCGCCUUCAUUUCAGGACUAUCGCUCGAUUGGACAUCUUAGACGUGAAGUCUAUUAUGCAAGUCAAUGGGCAAGGCAACGGCAUGGUCUUUCAAGGUCUUGUGUGGAUUUUGUGCAUGUGAGGUAUCGACUUGCUGUGAAAACGGGGAUGACAAGCCGGGCUGGGUAUGAUGGCAUGGUUCACGUGUCUAUUACUGGGAGUGAUGGCCGCACCGAUCCUGUUAAACUGGACAAGACAAGCUUGUUUGGAGAUAAUUUUUGUGAUGGUGAAGAUGACAUUUUUCAGCUUGAGGCUUGUGAUGUUGGUCGGAUACGAUACAUUCAGUUUGAUCUUGACAAUCCAACUGAUGGAUGGUAUGUAGAGAUGGUAACUAUUGAGAAGGAAGGUCAAAUUUGCUAUUUUCCUGCAUACCAGUGGAUCUAUGGCAGCACGAUAAUUAGAACUGGUGAAGCUGUACUGCCAUUUCAAGACAACGACGAGAUGCAAGCUUUGCGUGAGCUGGAAAAACAGAAGUGGAGAGAUCAGCUGCCGUGGUACAAGUGGGACAGCAUGCCAUCGCAUGCGGACAUAACUCUUCACUGCGACCUGCCACGCGAUGUUCAGUUUCUGGAUGAGAAAUACCGAGAUUUCUACGCAGGGCGUGAUGAAGGAUUGAGGAAUUUUAUGCUCAAUAAAUUCAUUGGACUUUUUAAAGAUAUUGACUCAUUUCAUAGCUUUACUGAGUUUUUCAGAUACAAGGUUGGUGGUGGGGCUAUUCCUUCUGUUGCUGAGCGUUGGAUGUCGGAUCGAGAGUUUGGUCGGCAGUUUCUUCAAGGGGCGCAUCCCACGUUUUUUAGCCAAAUUAGUGAAUUACCCGAGAAUUUUCAAGUGAAGGACGAAGACGUGGCAGGCGUGUUGGGAAGAGGAGUGACAUUGCAACAGGAAAUGAAGGCUGGUCGUGUCUACUUAGUUGACUACAAAACGCUGGAAGGCAUUAGAAUCGUUGAAGAUCGUUGUGUCACACCUGCAAUGGCCUUAUUUUAUGUCAAUGGUGCAGGUUCGUUUGUGCCACUUGCCAUACAAUUGUACCAGAACCCUGGCCCAGCGAAUCCCAUAUGGACGCCUCACGAUAAAGAUGCCGACUGGUUGUGUGCAAAGUUGUAUCUCAAAUGUGCAGAUGCUCAGCUCCAUCAGAUGCAAGACCAUCUAUUGAUGACUCACUUGAUUAUGGAGCCAAUCGCCAUCAGUCUGUAUCGCAACAUCUCUUGUGUCCAUCCCAUUUUCAAGCUCCUAAUUCCUCACAUUCGAUACAUAAUGGCAAUCAACACGAUCGGACGCAAAGGGUUGAUUGGCAAAGACGGACUCGCUGAUCAAAUUCUUGCGAUUGGAAAAGGAGGACACAUUGAGCUUAUUAUGAAAUGCUAUCGAAAAUUUGAUUUCAACAACUUGAAGCUGCCGCUUCAGCUGGCCAAACGUGGAGUAAUGGACUUUAAUAGUUUACCGAGUUACUACUACAGAGACGACGCUCUCCAACUUUGGAUUGCCAUUAAGAGUUUUGUAGAGGAGAUCAUUGAUAUUUACUAUCGUUGUGAUGAAGAGGUCAAGAAAGACAACGAAAUACAAGAUUGGAUGGCCGAGCUGCAUGAGACUGGGCUACCACAACAUGGACUUGAUGGUGAGGUGGAUCAUCAUGUGCCGCAUCAGAUGCAGUCCGUCGUUGAUCUCAUCGAGUUUCUCACUGUUGUCAUCUUUACUUGUUCGUGCGAGCAUGCAGCACAGAAUUUCGGUCAGUUUGAUUAUUAUUCUUUUCAUCCGAAUUAUCCGAUGUUGCUGAGGCAGCCGCCACCGAAAGAGAAAGGAAAGACAACGAUGGAUCAUUUGUUGAAGGUUCUGGGACAUACGGAUCACGUGUGUGUGCAAGUGGCUACUGUGUGGCUGCUGUCUGGAUUCAGUGAGGACGAGCUAUUUCUCGGUGAUUAUCCAAAUCAAUACUUUCAUGAACAAGACGCUCGUUCUGCCAUCCAUCGUUUUCAGGAACACUUGAGAAACAUCGACGCAGCCAUUGACGAGAGAAAUCAUCAUCUCGAAGUCCCAUACAUAUAUCUCAAACCAAGCAGAGUACCAAAUAGUAUUGCCGUAUGAUUACACAUACAGUGACUAUCUGAUAGUUAAUUGUCAUGAAUUAAACUUAUGUCAAGCGA